CCUCCCCUGGCCCCUCCCCCCGGAAGUGUCUCCAGGUGACGGCGGCCGGGCCGGGAGCAGCUGCUGGCGUGGGGUUGGAGCCGAGCCGCUGGCAUGGAGCACAUCCGCACCACCAAGGUAGAGCAGGUGAAGUUACUAGACCGGUUCAGCACCAACAACAAGUCAUUAACAGGAACUCUGUACCUUACAGCAACUCAUCUAUUAUUUAUAGAUUCUGGCCAGAAAGAGACUUGGAUACUACAUCAUCAUAUCGCCGCAGUGGAGAAACUUGCCUUGACUACUUCAGGCUGCCCUCUUGUAAUCCAGUGCAAGAAUUUCAGAAUAGUUCACUUUAUUGUUCCCAGAGAAAGGGAUUGUCAUGACAUUUACAACUCAUUGUUGCAGCUUUCAAGGCCAGUGAGAUAUGAUGAACUCUAUGCCUUCUCUUACAAUCCAAAGCAGAAGGAGUCUGAACAGGUGAAAGGCUGGCAGCUUAUCGACUUAGCAGAAGAAUAUAAGCGGAUGGGAGUGCCAAACACCAACUGGCAGUUGUCUGAUGCAAAUCGUGAUUAUAAGAUUUGUGAAACCUAUCCUAGAGAACUUUAUGUUCCCAGAAUUGCAAGCAAACCCAUAAUCGUCGGUAGCUCCAAGUUCAGAAGCAAAGGAAGAUUCCCAGUGUUGUCAUAUUAUCAUAGAGACAAAGAGGCUGCCAUUUGCAGAUGCAGUCAACCUCUCUCAGGCUUCAGUGCCAGGUGUCUGGAGGAUGAGCACAUGCUACAAGCAAUCAGUAAAGCUAACCCUGCUAAUCGCUAUAUGUAUGUCAUGGACACCAGACCUAAACUUAAUGCAAUGGCAAACAGAGCAGCAGGUAAAGGCUAUGAAAAUGAGGACAACUACUCUAACAUUAGAUUUCAGUUUGUCGGCAUUGAAAAUAUUCAUGUAAUGAGAUCCAGCCUGCAGAAACUUCUAGAAGUCAGUGGUAUAAGGGGCUUGUCUGUCAAUGAUUUUUUGUCUGGCUUGGAGAACUCUGGCUGGCUGCGUCAUAUCAAAGCUGUAUUGGAUGCUGCUGUCGUCUUGGCCAAAGCAAUAGUAGUUGAAAAUGCAAGUGUGUUAGUGCACUGCUCUGAUGGCUGGGACAGGACUUCCCAAGUUUGUUCCCUUGGUGCUCUCUUACUGGAUUCCUAUUACAGGACAAUUAAAGGAUUCAUGGUUUUAAUAGAAAAGGACUGGAUCUCUUUUGGACACAAAUUUUCUGACAGAUGUUGUCAAUUGGAUGGGGACCUGAAGGAAAUCUCACCAGUGUUCACCCAGUUUUUAGAAUGUGUGUGGAAUCUGACAGAGCAAUUUCCACAAGCCUUUGAAUACAACGAGGCUUUUCUUCUUCAGAUUCAUGAACAUGUUCAUUCAUGCCAGUUUGGAAAUUUCCUUGGAAACUGCCAAAAAGAGCGAGAAGAACUCAGAUUGAGAGAGAAGACUUACUCUUUGUGGCCAUUUCUCUUGGAUGAACAAAAGAAGUAUCUAAAUCCUCUAUACAAUCCAGAUUUGUCUCAGAAGCAUACCCUUUUGGAGCCAAACACUGUGUCCCUCAAUUUUAAGUUUUGGAGAAAUAUGUAUCAUCAGUUUGAUCGCACUAUGCAUCCCAGGCAGUCAGUAUUUAAUCUCAUUAUGGACAUGAGUGAACAAAAUAAACAGUUGGAGAAAGACAUGAAAGAGCUAGAAGCUAAAAUAAAAGUGAGAAAUAAGCAACAGAAUGCAGUCCUCACCAAGGAACCAUUACAGUCUGUGCAUCCUACACUCAAAACUCAGUGCUUUAAGAAGGAGCAACCUCUGUUACCUGCGAAUGAUGCCAUUCGAACUAUAGAGGGCAGCAACACAGCAGACAAUCGCUACAGUGAAUAUAUGGAGGAGUUCUCAAAAGCUGAACCUGCUGUUGUGAGCUUGGAGUAUGGAGUGGCAAGGAUGACCUGCUAACUGAAACAUGGAGCUGUGCUCCUUUUUUUCCUAGACAGACUGAAAUGCAAGGCAGAUUAUUGUGAAGAUGAUCUGUUGCAGCAUGACCAAAACCAAAUUUGUAUAAUGGUGAGCUUUGUUUUUGUAGAAUAGAACAGCAUGCUGGUUGUUAAGUGUUUGCUGUUCUCUGAGAAAUCAUUACUAGAAUUUAGCAGUAUUUUUUUUUUUUUUUAAAGGGGCAUUUGGUUAUUCAUAGUAACUUAAAAUUAAGGAGCAGUAUGUGUUUGGAUUUAACAAGUCAGUUUGCACUAGAUUACCUAAAACAGCAAUGAUACUUUGAUAUGUUCCUGGCAGCCAAACACAGAUGGUUUCACAAGCUACUCUUGGGUGAUCAAAGAAACUUGACAAACCUGCUAUUUUAGGCACUGAAGCUGUACGUGUGCGCGUGUGUGUGUAUAUAUAUAGUAUACAAUAUAAAUAUGUAUCCACCCUAUUUAAUUUGUCAUACACUGCUAACUUUCGAUGUUUAAAGUGCCAUGAAAAAACUUCAGUAUAUUUCAGACUAUAAUAGUUGGCCUUAAAUCUGUCAAAUCAGUAGCCUUCUAGUCCUUGACUAUUGCAGCCUGUAACAUGAAUCUGUUUACACUGGUAUUUGCUUGAAUUGUUCUUUCCUUAAAACCAGUUCAGACUUAAAUGUAACAAGCCUAAACAGUUACAUGCAGUCAGCAAAUUAAGCUAUAAAAUGUUAGAUCUUCUAUCAGUAACCACUGAUGAUUAUUCCUCAUUUUCCUAUGCCUUUAUCGUAUAAAUUGUAAUACGCUAUGUUAACUGAUUAAGUUUCCAGAGUGAGACUUAGUUUAAGUGAGACUAAUUUGCAUACAGUUCUUGAUGUUGUUGUGGCAAAGUGAGUAUCGUGGGCAGCAGUACAACAUGUAAAUGGUAAAAUUGGAGAAGUUUUUUUCUUGUAUAGUAUUCUGCUAAUUUAAACAGUGGUCAAGUUCCCUUUGGAGACCUGUCCUGAAAUUUGCAACAGUGUAUGAUGCUCUGUGUUUGAACAUUGGAAUGAGAAGUUUGAGGAGCAGAAUUUACUAAUUUGUAUAGACUUUCAAACAGCCUUUUUUCCCCCUUUCAUCUGCCCAGAAUUCUGAUUUCUGUCAUCUCGUGAGAAGUUAAAUACCUCUCUCGUACAGGUUAAACCUGUACAAGAGAUGUAUUUAUUAUAUACAGAGUACCCUUUUAAAUCGAAUGAGCUUCACAAAACAGCACAGCCCCUCUUGUCCAAAACCUGCAAAAAGACAGACUUUUUAGAUAAUUGAAGAGAGGGGCAAAAACUGUUUCUGGCCUCAAAGUGAGGAGCACAUGAACAAGCCAGGUGUACAGAGCAGCUGAUUUUUUUUUUUUUUUAAAGGUCACUAUUUGGAACGCAGCCUUUCAGAAGUCAUAUCCCUUGGGAAGCCAGUUAAUACUUUCAUUUGGAAAAAUGAAAAACCUGAGUUCAGUACAAAACCUGAGAUAAAACUAAUCUUUAACAGGAAAGUUUGAGAAGGAUUAUACUGUGCAUUUCACCUGGUGCUAAAGAAAACCUUUCCCUAGGUUCUUUGCUAGCUUCCACUAAAAGAAAGGGAUUUUGGCUGAGUAUGAACAGAGUCCGAUUACUUCUCUACUCUUCUUUUUUGCCCAAGUCAAAGAAGUAAAAUUGGCUUUGAAAAAAGUCAUAGUAAAGUGUGAGCACUUAAUGCUUACACAGAGGUAUAGUCAACAAAAGGUAUUAAAUUCCUUAGUUGGUGGUAGAUUAAUGCCACUAGCUUUACACUUCUGGCUGCAGGUGAAAGAGUUUAGUCUCAUAUCAUCCCUAAAAUCUAUUUUGAUAAAAUUGCCAGCAUGGCCCACAAUUGGCAGGGUCUAUCUCUGUCCUAAAUGAGAUCCAGAGCUGUAUUAACCAGGGCAGUACGAGUUAUGAUCAGGUCACAUUGGCAAAGCUGUAUGAGGAUAUCUGUCUGCCCACACCUAGCCAGAGUGUUACUCAGUUGUCCAUUUCAUUCACUAAAGAAAAAAUACCUGUGUACAUACACCCCUAUCUAUAAGGCAGGGUUUGUCAAAAUUUUCACCCAAAUACCUUUCAAAUGUUCAUAGUAGCUCAGUAAAAUAUAUCGACAGAGCUAUACUGCAUGUUCUCCCUUCCCCACUUCAAGCAUUGCGGUGGAGUUUAUAUAUUUGCACUAUGGUGUCUUACAGGUCUGCAGUAAAGGAAGGUUUUUUUGUGCCUUGUUCUGUCAUACUGGCUUUGGCAGCUUGGUCCUGUAGUUUGUUUUUUUUUUUCUUCAAAUGAUCUUGACCUAUCACACAUGCACACAACAUAGGUUUAGCACUGAAAACAAACAGGAUUAGCGUUAUCACAUGCUUGUCUGGCUUUUAUUGUGGUGUGCCAUGUACUUUGCUUGUCAUGUUUGUUGUUAAUGGACUCUAAAGGUUGUAUUAAUCUGUUUGCCAGUCUUGUGGCAUGUGUAUAUUUUACUUCAGAGCUUUAAAUACAUGCAUACUCAGAUGUCUGUCAAGGAGUAAACCUGUUCUCUUCUUUGGGAUGCAGAAAUCACUCAUCGGUUCUUCUUGACUUUUUUUCUCCCAAGGGGGCGUUGUUGAGCAUGAAAGGGAUCAGCAAGACACUAUUUUAGAUCCUAGGGCGUAGGCAUUGUAAGCUGAAUGAGAAGAUUGUGAAAAACUACCUGCUCAGGCAAAAAUCUGCUUGCCCUAUAACCUUGUUCUGUUCCAAACAAACUGCUCUCCUUAAAUGAGGAAGAGAAUUUUACAAGGCUGCUUUGAACAAGUCACCUUGCUUGGCUCGAACAGUCUUUCUGAAGGCCUGCCAACUCGGCCCCCAAGGUCACCAGUGAAAGAAGUUCAUGCAGAGAGUCUGCUGUCCAUCUUUCUCUUGCUGUUAAGGUUUAUGCCAAAAUCAGGAAGUCACCUGUAGCGAAGUAAGUAAAAAAUGGCAAAAUAAGGUCCAACCUAAAUUUUGGCACUACUGUCAGGACUCAACCAUUUAGCUUGCUGGGGCUAUGCAGUGUCCUUCAGAAAGGUUAAGAAGGAAUUGAUUAUUUAAUUCUAGUUAGGUAGAGGGCUAGAGUAUAAGUUUACUGGAAGGAGCAAGGGGAAAAAAUAAUUUCACUAGCUUAUAAUAUUCAAGAAGAUGGGUGUUUUUGUUACUAAUAGAAAUGCUAUAUCAAAGGAAAGAAAUAUAAUGAAAGGUAGAUAGUGUACCUCGAGUUGUUAUAGAGUACUUGAACUGUCUCUUUCAGUCUCUUUAGUUCUGUGUCGGUUUUGGACUUCGGUAUGUUCCAGGUAUUGGAAAGGUGCUGUGGCAAGCCCUGCUUCAUGGAGCUACUGCAUCUAGAGCGUGUCAAAUUUUGAAGACACAUUUGGUGAGUUUUUUAGUAGGGAUUUGGAGUUUCUUGUGAGCUAAGUAUGUUUCAGUCGUGCUUUGGAUAUUCUAGAAUAAAUGAACUGAGACCAAACUAGUGCUAUUUUGUCAACCCAUCUGCCUGUUUAAAAACAAAACAAACGUAUUUUCUAGCAUGGAAAAAUUAUUUAAGUUGUCACAUGAACUGAAGAACAAAGUGUAAUUUUUACCCCCAAGAAAGGUGUAUAGAUGGGGGUUAAUUAUUGUGGGGAUGUCCUCUUUAAUACCAUUCUAAAUGCCCAACUGUUCUGUUUUGUCGGACAACUGCCAAAUCAGCAUACUAAGAAAAUUAAUUAAGCAACACUGAGCUGAGCUUGUGCAUUUUUCCACACAUGUCCAAUUACUAGUGACCUAAAUCUAGGGUGAAAGCUGUCUGAAGUCUAGCCUGUCCAUUUACAGAGAAAUCUACAAAAGCAUCCCUUUAACCAAGCUUCCUGUCACCAUAUUUUACAUAGAAGUGUAAAAUUUAUUUCAGCAACAAAACUAAAAUUGGAGUAGGAGAGAUGCUGUUCCCUUAUCUAUGCAGAUUCUACUGUGCGUGUGUAACGUAGUAAGUUCUUGAAGGACAUGCUUAAGUAUCAUUUUCAGCACCAGCUGUUUUUGAAUGCCUCUUUAUCACACUGUCACAGUAGCACAUACAUAAAGCUCUGAGAUAACUUAUGACUCUGAAACUAAUACAUUGUUAAAAGCACAUAAUAGAUGCAGAGUUGUUACAAAGGCCCCUGCAGCUGUCUUAUCAAGAGGGAACAGGGCCAGAAAAGCUGUGUUUAUCCACUGCCCUCUCAAGAAAAGUGUCAUAAACAAUUGAAGAAAUGUUAUGUAACUUUUUUUUUUUAAUGAAUGCUAUGGAAGUUUGCUGGCCCCUAUACAAUCUGAAGUCCAUCCUCCCAAACAAGUACAGCAUGGGCUGAAAGAACUACCAGUAUGUUUUCUCACGUGACUUUUAUUCUGACUUGUGCAGUGAAUUGUUGCUCACUCUUAACUUGACUAGAGCUCCAGGAGGGUUUGGCUGCUCUAGUCAAGAUUUUGGGCCUGUAGGGAUGUCUGUAUUCAGGUCUGCACCAAGGGAAAAGCAUGAACCCACAGGACAGUCCUGACCCACAGGACUGCUCUACUGCCAUUAGUAAAGCAGAGUGCUGCUGAAAGCAUUAUUUGUUGUGGUGCUUGCUAACUGUAUCCUUGAGGCACAGCAGCUAUCCCAGUGCAUUAAGACUACAGUUAUGCAGCUAUCCCUCUCCAUUACUCAAAAAGCUUUUUCUAAUGACACAGUAGCAUUGGUUUAAUGACUGUUCCAUUUGGCUUGUUUUAAAUGUCUACAUAUAAAAUUGUGCUACCUUAAGUUGUGAUGUUGCUCUAAUUUAAAGUGGUUUCAACUUCUUUUACAUGGCUCAAUCUUAAGAAAAGCCUUAGUCAGGUUGUCUGCUACACUCUUUCUCCCCACGUCUCACACAUGCACCCUUUUAAAAGCAGGACCAUGCUGGACCAUGACAUGUAAUGUGGGUAAGGGAAGGAACUGCCAAGUGAGUUGAGGAGAAGGUACUUGUGGGGUCUGGAAGCAAACCUCAGAGCAUUCCCGGAAUGAUUCCAUCAAACACUUGCACUUGAAUAGUUCUGUAGUUUGUCCUUGGAUGUCACGUACCACAUUGGUAGGGAGUUAUCUUUUCAUCUGCUAGCUUUUUGAGUAGGAAAUAAUUUACCUUGAUAUUUUUUGAUGGUGGCAGCAUGGGAAAUGGCAUAGGACUUUCUGUAAUCUUGUUUAAUCUACCACUAUUCAGGUCAUUUAUACAACAGGCAUAAGGAGAUGGGAUUACAAUUUUGACCCUUGCUAGAAGUCUCUUGUAUCUUCACAGAGCUGACAUGCAUGUAUUUACUGCUGCCUUGUAUCUCCACAUAGAGCUUUGCCAAGUGCUUUUCUUUUAAAUAGGUUGGCAGGUGAUCUUGGUAAAUAUUCUGUGCGUGUCCCCCACUGGUGUGCCCCUCCCCCCCCCAAGCAUUUUUAUUGCUUGAGCAGCAACCCUGAUUGGGUGGGUUGUUCCAUCUGUUUCAGAUUGAUCUCAAUGGUUUGUCCUGACAACCGCUUUGUCGGUAGUUUCUCUAAGAAAACGGGUUAAGUUCUCAGGGAUCUUACCCAGAACUAGUAAACUUGAAAAACAUUACUUCAACCUUUUCCUUUCAGGGUUUUUCUUUUUCUUUGGUGUACAGAAACUAGUGCCUCUCUAAACUUUCUCUUUAUUAAAUAAGUUUAUCACACUUCAAUUAAAAAUGUGGCUAUUUUAAGGAGACUCAGAGUGGUAGUAGAAGAGAGAACUUUGCAUAAUAGACUAUCUUUGAAAAUAGUUUGGCUGUUGUAUUAAUCCAUAACUAUUUAUUGCUUUGUAUAUUUACAUUCUGUAAAAGUAACUUACCUCUAGGCUGGAUUCAUGCUUUGAUGUAUAUUGCUGGCGGGGAAAGAAACCUUUAGCAAGUAGAAUUUUGUAAUGUGUAUUUUACUUGUAUAUGUUUUGAAAAUUGAAAUAAAGUUUUAUCUUAACCUUGCAAA